AUGAAAGGGAUCUCUGAAAACGUAGAUAGAUCCCUCGUACCACUCGGAAUAGAAGUGGCCCACAGGCCUGCCGCCAAAAUUCGGCAACAAGUAAUGCAGAAAAAAGACCUUGUCGCCAAACCAGAAAAAUCUGACGUUGUCUUCCGUGUUCAGGGCAGUUCCGGGAUAUGCAACUACGUUAUAGAAACCGGCCGGCAGCUACAAACGCGAAUGCAUGAGCAUCAGCUGGCCGUUCAAAGAUUGGACCCAAAGUCGGAGGUAGCAACCCAUGCUGCAGGGAUGGGGCACGUCUUUUACUUUGAUGCCUUCGAACUUGUGGGCCGAAGUGACAAUUACAAUUCAAGACAUAUCAAAGAAACCCGGAUAUCGACCGACGCUUCGUUAAAGCGCCACAUAAAUUUGCCGGCCCACUAUGUUGUAUUAUCAGGGGACGAUCAGUGCGUGGAACACUCGGGGCCGUCAUCUAGUGGUCCGGUUGACCCGCGUAUCCAGGAGACAGGUGUGACGUGGGAGGGCGAUGCGAACUAUAGACCAGCCACGGUGAGACCAAAUAAACACCGACGUCCCCUUGCAGUGAGUAUCAAUACAGAGCAAAACAUAGGUGACGGUUACCAGGCAUUUUUCGCGGUGAGCGGUCACCACCUAGAGAAGCAAACACUUGCAGUACAUUUGCCGGUAUUUGGUCUGGAAUCGGACACUUAG